AACGACAAUCAGACAAUGUUUAAAAUAGAAAAUUUUAUAAUCACAAACUAAACCAACUUUUCAAUCAUUUUCUCAUCAACCAAACACUAUUUAUUUUUUUAAUAAUCUUACUCAGUCAAAGAUACCAAACUGAAAACAAUCUCUUCAAUCGUUUAUGUCCACUUCCCAACACCAAAACCCCAAUUCAGAUGAUUGAUUUCUAGGAUUUUUCGUUAACAUGUUUCGAUCCGAAUUGGGUUUAGGGUUUUUGGUGAUUUCAUUUUGCUUAUCGUUCUGUCUUACAGUCGAAUCGAAGUGUUCCAAAGGCUGUGACCUAGCUUUAGGUUCGUACUACGUCUGGAACGGAUCGAACCUCACGUUCAUCGCCAACGUGACGAACGGUUCGAUCAACGAUAUUAUGAGCUACAAUCAAAUCGCCAACGCAGAUAGUGUUCUAUCGGGUACGAGAAUCAACGUUCCCUUUAGCUGCGAGUGCAUCAAUGGUGAGUUCUUGGGUCAUGUGUUUCAGUACUCGGUUAUCUCCGGCGAUACGUACCAGAAAGUGGCGAAUACGUACUACGCGAACUUGACUACGGAGACGUGGUUGCAGAAAUUCAAUGUUUAUGAUCCGAGUCGAAUUCCGGACACUGCGCAGCUCAAUGUAACAGUGAAUUGUUCGUGUGGGAAUAGUUCGGUGUCGAAGGCUUAUGGGUUGUUCAUCACGUACCCGCUUCGGCUGGGACAGAGUUUGCAGUCGAUUGCGACGGAGACGAAUUUGACUGCAGAUCUAAUAAGGAGUUACAAUCCGAAUGCGAAUUUCAGCUCGGGGAGUGAUCUGGUGUACAUUCCGGGGAAAGAUAAAAAUGGAAAAUAUCCGUCCCUGAACUCCAGCACAGCAGGAUUAUCAAGUGGGGUCAUAGCCGGGAUAUCCAUAGCAGGAGUUGCAGGGGUGCUGUUAUUGGCAGUUUGCAUAUAUGUUGGAG